AAUGGGGAAUCCCAUCGUGCUCCCGCUCCUCGGCGUCCUCGCCCUGGCCCGCGCGAAGCCGCAAUGCGCGCCGGAGGAUAAGGUCGUCGACGGCAAAUGCAUCUUCGCCGUCGCCGAGAUCGACCCCAAGGCGGCCGUCGCCGAGUGCGCGUCGAGCUGCGUGUCCCGCGGCAUGCUCGGGUCCAUGCUCGCGCCGUCGUCGAAGGCGCAGGACGACGCCGCGCACGACCUCUGCGUGCGGGGCCACCACCGCUUCUGCUACAUCGGCAUCGCCGAGGUCGAGCCCACGGCGUCCGGCGGCUACAAGCUCGCCGACGACGGCGACUGGCACAAGAUCGAGUACAACCGCCUCGUCAAGCUGGAGGACGGCGACUACCAGAACUGGUGCCCCGGCGAGCCCAACAACGGGGGGCAGGAUCAGAAGAUCGCCGGUUACUGCGGCAACGAGCAGGACUUCGACAUGUCGAGCUACUGCGCGGACACGGUGGGCUGCUGGCACGACGUGACGCCCUUGCCCGACUGCGGCGCGAUCUGCGGCUGCGACGCGUCGGGCGCCGGGGGCGGCGGCGCGACGCCGCCCGCGCCCGCGCCCGCGCCCGCGGCCGGCGGCCUGGAGGCGACGUGCCCCGCGCUCGACGCGGACGCCGCGGGGACGUGCUUCUUCCUCGUGCCGACGCCGACCUUCGUCGAGGGCCACGAGGCCUGCGCGGACGGCUGCGCGCAGCGCGGCCUCGCCGGCGGCCUCUUCGUGCCGACGUCGGCGCGCGACGACGGCGCGGCCGUCAAGAAGUGCCAGGCUUUUGAGUACGGCUUCUGCCGCGUGGGAAUCGCCGAGGCCUACACGAACGAGCGGGGCGGCAUCGAGUGGGGCCAGGACGGCACGUGGCACGCCGUCGGCGGCCGCGGGCCGUCGACGACGCCCCUCGCCUACGAGAACUGGUGCCCGGGCGAGCCCAACAACGCGCACGACACGGACGAGAAGGUCGCGGGCUACUACGGCGCGGGCUGGACGGACGCGCCCUGCUGGUUCGACGUGCCCAACGGCGGCAUGACGGGCAAGAGCGCGGCCCUCUGCCGCUGCGAGUCGGACGCGGCGCCGUGGUCCGCGCCCGACGUCAUCGACGCCGACGACGGCGGCUCGGGCGCCGCGCUCACGGUCGGGCUCGUCCUCGGCGCGCUCCUCGUGCUCUGCGCGCCCCUGGCCUUCUACGGCGGCCUCGCGCUCUACCACGGGGCCAAGGUCCCGCUGCCCUGGCGCGACAUGGCCUGGGACCCGCCGGCCGGCGGCGCGGGCUCCGUCAACUUCUCCCCGCUCCACGGCGGCGCGCCCGACUACGAGCCGCCGGGGGGCAUCAUGGUUGACCUGCCGCGCUGCGCCCCGCGCGGCCUCUACGACCGCGCGAUGGCGUCGAUGGCGGCGGCGGCGCGCGUCAACGACGCGGACGGCGACCUCGCCGAUGCCUACGCCGCCCAGGGCUUCGUGUCUCCCCUGCGCAUCGUCGCGCCCGCCGUGGCGGCUGAAGCGCUGGAGGAGGUGAACGCGUUCGCGCGGAGCCAGCCCGACGGGCGCAUCCGCGGCGACCUGCGCUUCAAGCCCCACCUGUUCCUGCCGCGCGUCGGCGCGCUCGUCCGCGAAGAGACAGUGCUCCGCGCGGUCCGCGCGGUCCUAAAGACGCGGGACGUGCUGCUCUGGAGCUCGGACCUCAACAUCAAGGAGCGCGGCGACGGCGGCUUCUUCUCGCCGCACCAGGACGCGACCUACACGGGCCUCGAGCCCGCGACGCGGGGCUGCACGCUCUGGCUCGCUUUGAGCGACCCCGUCGACGCGCGGCACGGCUGCCUGCGCUUCGCGCCCGGCUCGCACGUCGCCGGCCAGCUGCCGCACGUCGAGGCGCCGUCGCCGUCCAACCUGCUGAGCCGGGGCCAGCGCGUCGAGGCCUGGGACGCGUCGACCGAAGUCGUCGCGGCGCUCCGCGGCGGCGAGGCGUCGAUCCACCAGCUCCUCACCGUCCACCGGUCCGCGCCGAAUGUCGGCGACGCGCCGCGCGUGGGCCUCGCCAUGCGCUUCAUCGCCGCCGCCUGCCGCCAGACGAAGCCCGCGCGGGAGAGCGUCACGGCCUUCGGGCAGCUGGCCCACGGCGGCUUCGACGUCGAGCCGCGAACGCCCGCGGACCCGACGGACGCGGACCUCGCCGCGGGCCGCGCGGCGCACGCGGACGCCAUGCGCCGCGAGAAGGCCAACUACCUCCCCGCGGGCGCCGAGUAUAGCUAG